GAGGGAGUAUGCGAAGUGCGCUCUGAUUGGCCUGUGGGCGGGGCUUUUGCGGGGGUCCUGCCCACUGCUGAGGGACAGGGCCGGCUGUGCUUGGGCUGUAGUUGGGAAAGGGACCAGCGAGGAAACGGACGCGGGUCCCUAUCUUGGGAAACUGACCCUCGCUGCUGACUGGCCACAUAUCCCUCAUGCCGCUUGGACUAGGCCGUCGGAAGAAGGCCCCACCACUGGUGGAGAAUGAAGAAGCUGAGCCCGUACGCAGUGGCCUGGGUGGAGUGGGGUUAGGCAGUGUUGGCAGUGUGGCAGCACUUCAGCCUGGUCUUCCCCCUCCACCAGCAAGCCUCCGUCCUCGGCUGGUUUUCCACACUCAGCUGGCCCACGGAAGUCCUACUGGUCGGAUUGAGGGCUUUACAAAUGUCAAAGAACUGUACAGUAAAAUUGCCGAGGCCUUUAAAAUCUCACCAGCUGAGGUGAUGUUCUGCACCUUAAAUACCCACAAAGUGGACAUGGAUAAGCUGUUGGGUGGCCAGAUUGGCCUGGAAGAUUUCAUCUUUGCCCACACAAAGGGCCAGAGGAAGGAGGUUGAAGUGUUCAAGUCUGAGGAAGCUCUGGGUCUGACCAUCACGGACAAUGGUGCUGGCUAUGCUUUCAUCAAGAGAAUCAAGGAAGGGAGUGUUAUUGACCGGAUUCAAGUAAUCAACGUGGGAGACAUGAUAGAGUCCAUCAAUGGCCAGAGUCUUAUUGGUUGCCGGCACUAUGAAGUCGCCAAAAUGCUCAAGGACUUGCCCAAAGGCCGCACUUUUGCACUGAAACUCACUGAGCCCCGGAAAGCUUUUGAUAUGAUCAGUCAGAGGUCUGCAGGAGGCAAACACAGUGGGAGUGCUCAGCUUGGCACAGGGAGAGGAACUCUACGGCUUCGAGCCAAAGGGCCAGCCACUGUGGAGGAACAGCCAUCUGCUUUUGAAGAAAAGGCCAUUGAAAAGGUUGAUGACCUUCUGGAGAGCUACAUGGGAAUCCGUGACACAGAGUUAGCUGCUACCAUGGUGGAACUGGGCAAGGACAAGCAGAAUCCUGAUGAGUUUGCUGAAGCCCUGGAUGAGCAGCUGGGUGACUUUGCCUUCCCUGACGAAUUUGUCUUUGAUGUCUGGGGAGCCAUUGGUGAUGCCAAGGUUGGGCGCUACUAGGACUCUGCGCUCUUCUGAACCCUGCAGGCAGGACCAUUGGGCAGGCCGCUGGCAGGCCUGGCGCACCACUGUUCCCUCCCUUUGAUGCAAGGCUGCCCACCUUUUCUCCAUAGGGGCUGGACAGCUCCAAGAGCAAUAAGUAAACUGCAUCAGUGACUGCAGCAUAAUGUGAACUGGGGCCAGAAUCUGCUGCUCUUUCCUGAUACCUUGCCACUCCUGAAGUUCAUGGAGGCUGUAGUCAACCAGAUGUGUGUGCUGUCAGUUUCCUUGUCCAAUUCAACUCUCACAGUUCACUGUUCUUAUAGAUGGGGAGGCUGAACCUAAUUCCCAGUUUACUUUUAACCUGGAUGAGAUGUGGGUCUAGGUAGCCUGAUAGUGAGUUAUUCUAGGGAAUCUCAGAGCACCACAUGAGAGAUGGAUGGGGUAGGAGUGGGCUUGACCUCUGACACCCUGCAUAAAUGGGGGGGGGGGGAGAGGCGUUAUAACAAAAGUCCUAGUCAUGCAUAUCUGCUCUAAGAGGACUAAAUCCUUAGUGGGUACAGUCCAUGCCUUUUUACCAGCAGGAACAUCUUCUGCUAGUCCCCCUCUAUUCACUUUGGUAUGUGAAUCGUAUUGGUAAGUUUGUUUUCUCACAUUGGGCCAAGUUCCCUAAUCAGGGUGAUUGUCUCUCCAUGUCUCCCCCCCCCCCCCCCUUCACACAUUUGUGAAUUCCUUUAGGGACCAUCUCCCUAGUUUGAUAACUUUUUGAGCCUUUCAGCUUUCAUAGGCCUUAGCCAGCAGAUACCAUGGUCCCCACCCCCCAAACAAAUUAUCAGCCAUAAAAUACAGUUUAAAAAAAAACUGGGGGAGGAAAUACACUUUUCCUAUGUCCCAGAAAGGUGUCCCCCUCUUUUGUGUAUAAGAUCUGUGCAACUAAGUACCAGAGUUUCCACUUGACUUGCAACUACUGGUUGCACGCCAUAACUGGCAACACUUGAGCUUGCUUCUCCAUCUGUUCCUUUGUUCUGUCAUCAGCCAUUGGGCUGGGAUCCAUCUUGAUCAUUGUUCACCAGUGUCCUUUGCCCUGGGUAUGACUACAGGCCACAACACAGCUGUCAGUUGUGGACAAUAGGUUUGAUCUAAGACUUCACACCCAGGCGCAGGUUCUUUCCCCUCACUCUGGAUGGCUCUGGUUUAUCCUGCCAUCUAAAUGGAAUCACACCCUGACACUCUUCCAGAGCCAUACAUGGCUUCCGGUCACUACUCCCCUCAAAUCUGUGCAGGGCUUCUAACAUCAGGCAAUUCAUGCUGUAUGGUAGUGCAAAGACUGUCCCAUGUUCUCUCUCAGGGGAUGAACCCAUGUGGAGGCUCUUAAACAAGUGGUGUUUCCUUCAUCUAUAACUUGAGAGUAUUCUCCUGCUGAACUGGUUUUAGGGUCAGGGUGUUUUGCAUCAGCAUUCAGAGGCAUAUUCCAAGAGCAGCAGCAGAAAGCUCCCCUUACCGUCUAGAGUUGGACAUGAUGUCCUUGUCAAAGCCUGUCUUGACUGAUCUGUCCCUUUUGUCAUACUGACCUACCUCCCAGUUAAUGUUUGCAAUGCUGUGUCUGUUAAAUUAUUUAUACCCUCUCACUGACACACCCCCCCCAACACACUCCUGAACACUGGGUCUCUACCCUGUGCUGUAUCCCAGUACUGUAGUUCAGGCAGCAGCUGGUGACCCCUGGGAGCUGAGAGAGUCCAUUCUCUUUUAUACUUUAGCCCUAGUUCACCUACUGUAUCUCUAAGACACAAAUCCCAGAGAGGAUGUGGAACCUUGUUGCCCUCUGGAACCCAUGUUGCAAAACUCAGAAAGGGCCAUGCUUUUGCCAAGCCUUGGCCAAUCUGCUGCACCCUGGCACCAGAAGCCUUUGGGGUAGGUUGGGCACCAGGCCCUCCUUAGGAAGUAUUUUUGUAUUCUACAUGUAAAGCAUCUUUAAGAUAAAAUAUAUUGACACUACUAAAUUCCAUGUACAUGUGUCCUUUAGUG